GCUGAACUGAAACAAGUGUCCGACCAGCCAGUUGCCGUAGAUGUACUUCUUGACGGAGACGGAGGCACCCUCGAAGCACUGCGGUAUGCGCAGGCGCGCGGCGUUGUGGAUGUGCCGCAGCAGGCCGGGGCGGUGCGCGCUGGCCGGCAGCUCGUCCGGCGGCUCGUGCGGGCCCCGCGACCCCGCCACGCCCGCGCCCGUCACCCCGCGGUCUCCCAGACCCACCCCCUGAGUGCCAUCCCCAAGACCCUUUCCCAGCAUGUCGUCAUCAUCUCCUGGAGUUCCGUCCUUGCCAGGUUUACUGCCGUCUCUUCCGAAAUUACCAUCACCUGCUCCGGUGCCAGGUCCAACCCCUGCCCCACUUCCAUAACCUGCCCCAUUUCCAGUACCUGCUGCCCCACUCCCAUUUCCUGCCCCACUUGCUGCCCCACUUCCAUAACCUCCCCCACUUCCAGUACCUGCCCCACUUCCAUAACCUGCGUCACUUCCAGCACCUGCACCAAUUCCAGCACCUGCCCCACUUCCAGCACCUGCCCCACUUCCAGUACCUGCCCCACUACCAGCACCUGCCCCACUUCCAGCACCUGCCCCACUUCCAGUACCUGCCCCACUACCAGCACCUGCCCCACUUCCAGUACCUGCCCCACUUCCAGCACCUGCCCCACUUCCAGCAUCUGCCCCACUUCCAGCACCUGCCCCACUACCAGCACCUGCCCCACUUCCACUACCUGCGCCACUUCCAGUACCUGCCCCAUUUCCAGUACCUGCCCCACUUCCAGUACCUGCCCCAUUUCCAGUACCUGCCCCACUUCCAGUACCUGCCCCAGCCCCGGAACCGCCUGCUCCAGGCGCACUUGCGCCACCGCCGGCGUCUGUUCCACCCCCGGCGCCUGCCCCAGUAACUCCUGCACCCCCCACUCCUCCCGCUCCUCCCGCUCCCCCCGCGCUGGCCCCCGCCGCUGCAUCAGCGCCAGAACCCUCCCCAACGACAGUUCCACUAAUGCCUGCCGCGCCGUCUCCAGAUCUGCUGCCAUCCCCACUUUUUGGUUCAUUCAUUCCCUUUCCUAGUAUAUUACCCCCGUCACGGGAUAGACCACCAUCAUUCGCGCUGCCACUUUCUCCAAGCUUAGCAGCAUCGCCUUUAUCUUUCUCAGUAUCGCCAUCACUUUUAGUUUUUGGCAGACACUUUAGUUUCCUCACAGGG